AUGAGCUUUUUGUACGAGUCUUCCAGAGAUUACACCUCUCUGGUUCCCACUUCUAGCCACUUAUUCACAUCCCUGUUGGGGUUAAAGCUGAUAACCUUUGGGACCGGGACGUUCUGGCUAAUGAGCUCUGUAAGUGGCCACCGGCACAAUAAUGACAUUGAAGCCUUGCAUGCAAAAUACGGGCCUGUGGUGAGAGUUGGCCCCAACGAACUCUCGUUCGCAACGGAGGACGCCCUCAAGGCCAUCCAUAACCCACCGCCAGGCCAGCCCAUGUUUACUAAAAAGGGCACAAUUGAGUCUCUUUUGGCCAGUUUGAUCUGGUCGGCCCCAAACCUUCUCAGCACACACGACAAGGCGACCCACAAGAGGCUGCGGAAUGCCCUGCAGCCUGCGUUUACUGCAAAGGCACUACUUGAGCAGGAGGGCAUCAGUCAGUACCAUAUCGACAAGGAGGUGGAGAAGAUGUUGUCGGUUGGAUCCAAGGAUCCAAAAUCCGUGCUUAACUUGUCCGAGGAAGUGGCGGGUAUGAUUUGGGACAUUGUCGGUGAUUUGUCCUUUGGGGAGCCGCUGCAGCGGCAUCAGCGGGAUAAAUACGAGCACCUCAAGAUCACUUACGCAACUGGAGCGCCAUUCCUCGAACUCUGUCAGUUUCUGACGGAAAUUCCCAUUAUUGGACGUCUUGCAACAUUGCCCAUCAUCCUCACGCCAUUUAUAUAUCGGAAGCCCAGGCAUUUCCUACUUAUGAAUAAGCUUAAGCAGUGGAUCGACGACCAUGAUGGCGGCCGCAAGGAUUUUUUAACCGCCAUCAUGUCAGCCAGAGAAACCGCCAAUCUUACGCAUGAAGAAAUGCUUAGCAACGCGGCCCUGUUCGUCAUGGUUGGCUGCGACACUACGGCGGCCACCAUUUCGGCGCUUUUUUACCUGCUGCUCAAGCACCCGUCGAGCAUGGCCCGGCUGACGGCCGAGCUGCGCACCGCGUUUCCCCGCAAGGGCGACGUGACGGCCACCGCAACGCUCAAGCUUCCCUACCUCGGCGCCGUGAUUCAGGAGACGCUGCGACUGCUCCCGCCCAUCAACGGCCGGGGAUCGCACCGCAUCUCCCCCGGCGCCCUUGUGGACGGCAUUUACGUACCGGCGGGCGUGAUGGUCUCGGCCGACCCGUGGUCGAUUGGCCGAUCCCCUCGGUAUUGGGCCGAGCCCCAUGCGUUUCGGCCAGAGAGGUGGGUGCCGGGAGAGCAGGACGAGGGGCCCUGGCGCACAGACGUGAGGAGCGCCUGGCGUCCGUUUAUGGUCGGGCCGAGGGUGUGCAUCGGCAGGGAGAUGGCCCUGCAAUCUAUACGGCUGAUGGUCAGCAAGACCCUGGUGGAAAUGGACCUGGAAAUGGUGAAUAAAGACUUUGUCUGGGAGAGGGACGCGGCCAAUGAUUACGUCUGGUAUAAUUUCGACAUUCUUGUCAAGUGCAAACCCAGGGUUCGAGGUUGA